UAGUAUAUUAGAAAAUAACAAUAAUAAUAGUUGAGUAGAUUGGUCGUUGAGGUUAUUAACAGCACUUUACCGAAAUAGAAUAAUGGAUAUUUUCUCGUUGGUGACUGGAAUGAAGGGAGCUAGUGGAUUUGGAUCAUCCACAACUGCAGAGGAUGUUACUCAAGGAAUUGAUGCCACCAAUAUUACUGCAAUUAUCACAGGAGGAGCAAGUGGUAUAGGGUUGGAGACAGCGCGAGUGUUGGCACUUAGAAAGGCGCACGUUAUCAUUGCUGCAAGAAACAUGGAAUCUGCAAAGGAAGCUAAACGAGUUAUACUUAUGGACAAUGAAUCUGCUCGAGUUGAUAUAAUGAAGCUUGAUCUUUCCUCAUUCAACUCUGUUACAUCUUUUGUCCGAAACUUCCUCGCUCUUCAUCUUCCUCUCAACAUCUUAAUAAACAAUGCUGGAGUCAUGUUCUGCCCCUUCCAACUAUCAUAUGAUGGAAUCGAGAUGCAGUUUGCAACAAAUCAUCUUGGUCAUUUCCUGUUGACAAAUCUUUUACUCGACAAAAUGAAACAAACAGCAAAAUCCAGUGGAAUUGAAGGUAGAAUAAUAAAUCUCUCAUCAAUUGCUCACACCUACACUUAUGAAGAAGGCAUUCGAUUGGAUAACAUCAAUGAUAAAAUUGGUUACUCUGACAAGAAGGCUUAUGGACAGUCCAAGUUAGCCAACAUUUUACAUGCAAAUGAGCUUUCUCGUCGCUUGAAGGAAGAAGGUGUCAACGUCACAGCCAACUCAGUACAUCCAGGAAUAAUAAUGACUCCUCUUAUGAGACAUUCUUCUUUACUUAUGAACUUUUUGAAGAUAUUCACGUUUUUAAUAUGGAAGAAUGUUCCACAGGGAGCUGCAACAACAUGCUAUGUUGCUCUGCACCCAAGCUUAAAAGGAGUAACUGGGAAGUACUUUUUGGAUUGUAAUGAGUUUCAACCAAGUGCUUUUGCGUCAAAGGAACUCUUAGGAAGAAAACUUUGGGAUUUUAGCAACAAGUUGAUCAAUUCACUUUCAAAACCUUGAUUGUUGUCCCUAUAGAGACAGAGUCUUCGUCUUUGUCAUCAUUCAUCCCACCAGUGUAUCAAAUAAAACCUGCUAUUCUUAAAAAACAAAAAUCCUUCAAAAAAUAAAAUUCUAUUAAAAAUUUAUACCCCCAAGCUCUGAUUCAUAGUUUUCUAUGACUCGUAUAAUUUGGAUUCUCUCUGUCUUAAUCUUCUUUAAUUUAUCUAGAUCUUCUCUAUUUUUUUUUAAUUCUUUUACAUUGACUCGUAUAAUUUGGAUUCUCUC